UCGAGAGUAGCACUACCACUGGCCAGCUCCACCACCAAUCGUGGCCCCCAGAAACGAAACGCUGUUGAUUUUUGGCGCGCAAUUUUGUCAAACUGCAGAAAUUCAAGCUGCCAUUCGAUAGCAUACAAUUUUAUUUGUUUUUUUGCUGUGUGUUCGCUCAGUGAGUGUGUGUUUGUGCGAGGUUAAUUGCAGGGCGCAUUUGAAAUAUUGAUGGGACAAGUGCAGCGACAAAGGGCUCAAUAAUUCAGUAGACGUUCAGUGCGAGACUUUCGCCCCCCUGUUUUAAUUCUGUCGCAAAAGAAACGCAAACAAAAACAAAAAUAAAAACAAAAACAGGAACAGUAACGGGAGCUACAAUCGAAAAACAAAGUCCAGGAUGAGCAUGUAAAUGCAAUUGGAGGCGAUGGCAUCGAGCAGCAACAAGCCCAAAUACAGGUCCCAGAGCGCGGCCGGCACGCAACUCCGUUGGCUGGACUGCCUCAUCCAGCUGUGCUUGUUUACCCGAGCUAUCAGACUGGCGGCUUACGCCGAGGAGCUCACCACUUCAGGCAGCCUCUCGGAAGAAUGGGGCUCCGGCUGGAGGGGCACCAAUUUCCUGGUCGAAGUGGAGCAGACGGCACCCUCCCUUGCCUCGGGUUCGGUAUCAGGAGCCAGUGGCAUUGGCAGCAGUGGCAGCGGCAGUGGCAGUAGUUCCGGCAACGUUGAGGACUAUCUGGGCAGCCAGGAGGAGGAUGGCGGCUUCACAACGGGCACCACACCGGGAGCCGCCUCCAAUGCCAGCACCGUGGAGACGGGACCCAAGAUCAUUGUGCGCACUGAGGAAGUGCUGAUUGUGGGCCUCGUGCUGGUGCUCUGGGUGGGCGCCAUAAUGCUGUUUUUUAAUCGCUGGGGCAAGAUACGCAUGCUGGAGCCGUACCAGCCCAAGUUCCAGCAGCAGCAUCGCAGCUCCUGUCCCCUGGUCGAUCUGGAUGCAGUGCAGGCGCAUCAGCGCACAUCCGUCUCGCGUAUGUCGAUGGGAAUGGUGCAUAAUCUGAAUAUGCCGACGUGUCAAUUUGCGGCCUAUAAUCCCAACAUGUAUGCCAAGGGCUAUGCCUCGCAUGUGUCGCACGUGUCACGGCCGCGCCAGAACUCUGUGUUUGUGGGCGCCAGCACCAGUCACUAUCUGAUGCCGCGGGCUCCACGUAAGACGCGCUCGGCCAUGGAUCUGCACUCGAUGGUGCUGGACGAGAGUGCCGAACAGGUGUAGAUGUCCUGCCCCGAAGAUGCAGCAGGAGCAGCAGCAGCAGCAGCCAAGGACUAAGUCGCAUAUGUUUUAUAAGUCAGUGUGUAAGUGCUAAGAGUAGGGAACAAAGUGUUUUUUAUUUGUUUAUUCGUUUUAUGUGUGUGUGAAAGAAACGCUGCCCAACUAUAUAUACACUUAAUUGUCUAUCGCUAUGCCCCUCUUCGUCUGUGUCUCUGUCUCUGUCUGUCUGUCUGUCUAUAUUAGUGGGAAGGAUAAGUGCUUUAUCCUUUCAUCGGUACAUCUGUGCUGGCACAGUAUCCAUUCAAGAGAGUUUAAGUUAAACCCCGAAGGGAAAGGAGUCUAAACGAAGUCGUUGUACUAUCUAAUGUAGAGCUCUGGUAUUGUUAGCUUUAUCCAGUGUUAAUCUCAAACGUAGUCUAUGCUAAUCCCCCCCGUUUCUCUUCUCUACACUUAUCUAACUUAGCGUGUUUUAAUCGUACUCGUACUCGAACUUAACUACUUCUUUCUGCCACAAAUAUUGGAUACCAGAAUAGACAUACAUAAUAUACGAAUGAAAAUAUAUUUAAUAUAAACAUACAUACAUACAUAUACUAUGAACAAAACUGUUUUAGUUUGUAAGUUUAAAGCUCAAAAAUGGAUCUGUGGGCAAAUGGACCACAACAUGGAACAACCUCCCGCAUAAUACCACAUUCAGAGCAUUUUGUUUAUUGCAGCAGAACACUUACACGAACGAUCAAAACUAACUGUCUAAACUACUCGUAAGUUGUAAGUAUUUGAAGACCAAGCAGCAGAUUGAAACUGCAUAUAGAAGGGAGAGAAAAAGUUGAACAGAAGAAGAAAAAACUAACUAACGAAAGCUUUAAAUUCCUUUGGGGCCUACCAAAAAAACAAACAAAAAACCCAUCCGAAAAUUGUAUUCUAAGUUUAAGAUAAAUAAAUCUCAAGCAAAUGUCUAAUGCAAAAUAUGUGGAACAAUGUAAACUAAAACUUAAACUAAAGCCUAACCGAUAACUAAACUCAAACUCAAAUUCAAACUAAGGAACCACUAACACACACAAACACACACCCAGAUCUACAACUAUGGAACUCCAUAUCCAAUAGUCAUAUUGAAGGAAUACCAUUUAAGUAUUUCCCCCGACAACAAAAUGUUUGAACUUGUUUACAAUAUUUACAAGAAGAGCCUCAACAACACAACAUGUACACAUGUGU